UGGAGCCAUCCUGAAACUGUUUUCUUCCUUGAAGGCGUCUGGAGAGGAUCUCGAUGGCCGAGCUGCAGCCCCUGGCCGAUGAGCUGACCUGCUCCAUCUGCCUGGAGAUCUUCCAGCAGCCCGUGACUACCCCGUGCGGCCACAACUUUUGCUCGCCCUGCCUGGACAAGACGUGGACCGGCCAGAGCUUCCAAUUCUACUGCCCCCAGUGCCGAGCACGCUUCCAGAAGAGGCCACAGCUGAAGAAGAACACGGUGCUGUGCGCAGUGGUGGGGCAGCUGCAGCAAGUUAAGAACCGCUGGGAUUUGGGGCAGUCCCACAGUGCGUCCCAAGAUGGCGAGCCCUUGGACCCGCAGUCGAGGAAGGGGGAUCAGGAGAAGGAUGAGGCGGUUGGGAUCGUGGCCUGUGACUACUGCUUACAGACUCCUGCGGCCAAGACGUGCUUCACCUGCAUGGCGUCCUUCUGCCAGGAGCACCUGCGUCCGCAUCUGGACAACCCCACGUUCCACGGCCACGAGCUGCAAUCGCCCGUCGGGGACCUGGCCCGUCGCAAGUGCCCUGAGCACGGCCGCUUGCGGGAGUUCUUCUGCUCUCAGCACGGCGUCAGCAUCUGCUGCAUCUGCCUGGUGGGGCACAAGACCUGCUCCCCGGUGGCCCUGGACGUGGCCAGGACCGAGCUGAAGUCCAAGAUGAAGCAGAAGCUGACAAUCAUAUAUGAUCAUAUCAAUAUGGCUUCAAGUGCCUUGAGAGAUGUAAAGUUGAAACAACGUGCAGUCCAGGAUACAGCAGCUAGAAAGAUGGACUUGUUGAAACAUGAAUAUGAAGAAAUGAAAGCCCUCAUCGAAUCAGAGGAGAAGAGUUCUCUGAGGAAGCUGAAAGAGGAAGAAAAGAGAGUUUUGGACAAAUAUGACCAUAUGCAUCAGGUCCUGCUCAAGAAAAAGGGGGAAAUUGAGUCUAUGAAAGAAGAGAUUGAACUUUUGCUCACAAAAAGUGAUGAGAUUGCCUUUUUGGAGAAAGCCUCGAAUCUUGUCACCAAGGCUGUGAAUGUACCAAAGAAUGAAUUAAACCUAGAGAUGAUCCACAGCGUUUUUCAAAAAGCCGUCUCCCUUAAAGAGGCUUUAAAAAAUACAAUAAACUUCCUUCAAGAGAAGAAAACAGAGGAAGCAACUAUCUCAGAGUAUCAGCUCCAUGGAGAACAAGCCAAGCACAGUUACACUAAUGUAUCUGUAUCCUUGAUGCCAGAAGGCGACAUACCAGAACCCAAGCCACAGAGGCAGCAGCAGGAGAAAAGUGGGAUUACAGAUGAGAAGACUCCUUUCUCCUCACCAGCUGCUCCUCUGGCUUCCGGUGCCAAGCCCCUGCUGGACAGUGUGGAGAAGAUGCAGAGCUCCCCAAGCCCAGCAGCCCUCACAGACCCAGCUGGAGCUGCAAGUGCUGAGGUGCCUUCCCCACUGAAGCCAGCCAGCCCACCCAUUGCCACAGGACCCUCGGAGUCAGCGCCUGCUGCUGCCACCUCUUCAUCCUCCUUCCCAACUUCCUGCAUGUUGGCCUCUUUAGCCACACUCCUCCGCACCACCACCAGCCAGGCCUCCCCAGCGCCUGUGUCAGACAACUCCGUCAAGCCCCUUCUCACCACUUCCCCUAAGCCAAGUCUCUUUGGAAUGCUGAGCACCCCUCCUCUGACUUCCACUGCUCCCACUUCAGCGGCUGCUUCAGUUUCUCCUCCUUCCACUUCCAUGUUCAAAGCCAUUUUGGGGGCAUCCCCUAAAAUGGAGAGCGAGGCUUCUUUGCCAGCUGUCCCCUCUGCCAGAGCGCCUGUGUCUUGUAGCUCUGUCCUUCCCACAGCCCCCACCACCUCCACUGCAACCUUUAAACCCAUCUUUGAUAGCAUGGACCCAAUCACAUCUGUGCCCUUGGACUCAGUUUCUCCUUUCCUGAAACAACCUUCUUCUGUAGCCUCCACCACAGCUGUUACCACAACUGUCCUGGCACCCCUCUUUAGUAUCCUCGGCAGCGUCCAGUCCCCUGCAGCAUCUGCCACGCCUGCCACUACCUCCUCCAGUGGAACCACUGACUCGGGCUCCAAGCCUACUUUUAGCUUUGGGCUGAGCAGCUUGGCCAGUACCGUGGCCAGUGCCCCUCCCACCACCACUACCACCACCACCCCCUCCCUAUCACAGCCCUUUCUCUUUGGGGUUGCUCCUACCUCUGGUGCCAGCUGCACCCCAUCCACUGGCUUCAUGUUCCAGUUUAACAAACCUGCUGCCACUGCCACCACCACCACUGCUGUGAUGACCACCACAAGCUUCAGUAGCACAUUAAGCUUUGGGGGCUCAGUAGCCCCAAACCUGGCCCUUCCCCAGCUGGCCUUUGGCAUGACAAAGCCUCCCACCUCCUUUGUCACCCCUGCCAGCACACAGCCAGCCUUUGGCAGCACCAAUUCAGUCUUCUCUUUCGGCAUGACCACCCCCUCCAGCUUCGGGGCCACCACGCAGACCACCAGCAGCGGCACCAGCAGCUCUGUGUUUAGCAGUGUGACCCUGGCCCCUUUCACAUUUGGGAGCUCAAGCACUGUAACAUUCAGCUUCAGAGCAAGCCAAAGUGGAGCUGCCAACACUACCACCCCCUCUGGGGGUUCCUUGAACCAGAACUCCCUGGGUGCCCCAAGUCAGAGCACACCCUUUGCCUUCAGUUUGGCCAACACCACCAAGAAAAAGCCUGUGUUUGGAGGCACUUCCACACCUACCUUUGAGCAGAAGGCUCCAGCUCCUGGAGCAGGCACAGUGGACAGUGGCCUUUCCUUUGGGACCCCAACUACAUCAGCCCAGAGCUUUGCGGGAGCAGGGCCAUCUUUCAAGUCAUCGACGCCUUUGUUUUCCUUUCGUGCAGGAUCCAAGACCCCUGGGCCCAGGCAGCAACUGAAGGCUCAGAAACAGCAUAACCAAAAGAAAUAACCCAUCCUGCCUUACCCCCCCCAAAACCCUUUCCUUCCUUUGCCAACCCCUUCUCCCCCGACCUUGGCUCCUACUGUGAAGAGCCUCAUCCCUGUCUCCAUUUUUGUACAGCAAGCCUACUCUAGCCCCACCCCCCACUUCUCGAGCAGCAGCUGCCAAGAAGGUGGCCGCCCUGGAAGUGGCAAGAUGGAAACAAACCCUUUGUACUUGAACAGUUCUGCUGGAACUUGAGAAACUUGUGUACCUAUCGUCAGCCUUUCCCUUCCUUUCCUAACUUGUCACCUUGUUGUGUGUCUGUCUGUCUGUCAGCUUGACUAAGUUAAUAUGUUAAGUUCUGAACUUUUAAAAAAUUAAUUUUUAAAAAGAAAAAUAUGGGGAGAUUAAUUGGCAGGGAUAGGCAUGAAGUCUCUUGUUUAAAAUGUAAAUGUGGAGUCAAAGUUUUUUAAAAAUAUAUAGUAGUAUUACUUUUAAUGUGCAGAUUAUAUAUUGUGAAUUUCACAAUGGAAACUAUAAGAUAGCCAGACUGUGGGGAAGAUGGGGUCCUGAGUUAGGUCCAGGUGUGAGGUGUCCUUCAGAGCAGAUAGGGAGGUAACUAGAUAGAUAUAGCACUUAUUAAUUGCUUAGAAAAUCUAAAGGGUACUUUAAAAAAAAAGAAAUGAAAGAAGUGGGGAAAGUGUAAUAGAAUGAGAAUCUAAAGGGUAGACUGGAAUAGGAAAAAAGACAGAAGAAAAACGAUGUAAGUUCAGCCGCUGAAAGGGACUACAGAAUCCAUCUGGUCUAACCCCCUUAUUUUACAGAAGAAACAGAGUUCCAAAGAGUGUAAGUGACCUAAUAUUUAUGCUGUGUACAUUUAUAGAUAUACUUGUAUCCCCAGAUGGCUUACAUAGUGCCUGAACAUAGCAAAUGCUUAAAAAAUAUUUAUUGAGGGACAGGAAUAGGGUGAGAAGGAUAGUGAGCAAUAUAGGAAGGUAGAAAAUAAAUAAUAAGUAAUUACAGCCCAGAAUAUGAAAAGCAUUUUCUGGAAAUCUUAUAUAAAUGAUGGAUACAAAUAUAAAAUAAAGAUCAGGAGUAGAAUAUAUUAUGUAAAAAACGAACAAGGCCAAUAAUCAUGAUC